AUGGAUAUACACGUGCAGCCUCCUCUCAGCCGAACCCAUACACAGUCCCACUCAUUCUGCCCCCCCCUCCGCCUUCUCCUAUCACUCAUUCUGAACCGCUCUCAAUUUCGGAUGCUGCGUGUCGCUCGUCGUUUGUUUCAUCCCACCAUCACGCGCAGUAGCUUUACAAGCCAAUACAUCAUGAUGAGACUCGAAAUCAUCAGCAUAAAUAAUCUUCAAGUCCCUUUGAAGUCCAUACCCGCAGGCAUCUACAUAACCAUCAAUAUUGGCUCGAGGAGACGCUGGAAAUCAGCCAUCAAAGUUCUGUCAUCCAAUAAAUCCGUAGCGUGGGGCGAUACUGUGACCCUAUCAUCACAUACCUCACCUGCAUUCUCAGUGGAGAUCGGGGCGUCCUAUGAGGUUGAUCAAAUGCUAGGCAGUGGAGAAGUCAUCAGGAAACUUCAAACGUCCUGGGAUGAGCUACUCGACCAGGGAAAUCAAAUUUUCGAUUUAUCCUUCCCACCCGUGCGCGGUGUUCACCCUUCCCUCACGCUGAAGACUGCGGUUCUACAUGCUUGCGACGACGAGGGCGGCCCACUGUCUGGUUCCCUUGUAGACUGCGAGAUUUCUCGAAACACAGAUGCGGGCCGCGCACGACUUGCGAAAUAUGUGAUACGCAAGAGGGUCUCCCAUCUGAACCAUGCUGUGCAGCAUUUUCGGUUGGUUCUGGACCAGCUUCCGGUCAACCAUCCUGACCACGCAGAUGUUCUCACCAACCUCGCGUAUACCCGCCUUCAAGCCUACAUCUAUAUUCAAGACAUUGAUACCAUCACUUCCCUCUUCCGCGAAGCCCUUGCAUUGCGUCCGCAGGGCCACCCCGAUCACGCACCAUCCCUCUAUCAUCUCAUUACAGCAUUGAACUGGCACGACCGCAAGGACUCUACUACCGCCGUCUCUUUGCACGAAGAAGCGCUUCGUCUGCGCUCUGUUGGGCACAAAUCUCGUAGUUUCUCGUCAGGCAACCUAGGGACCGCCCUCGUUACCUGUUUCAAUGAACACGGCGACAUUGAUGUCAUCGCCCGAGCUAUCGACCUCUUUCGUGAGGCACUGGUGUUGCGUCUAUUUGGGCAUCCACGUCGCGACACCACGCGUAACAACCUCGCCUCUGCGCUGACAACCGCAUAUGGCAACUCGCAUGUCAGUGAGGAUCUUAACGGGGUCGUCGAUCGGUAUUGCGAAUCCCUUCAGAGUUCCGCAACUAUCACCAACAGGGCUGCUGCUGAUCGAGCAGCAACCGAGCACAGGAGACUUAUGAAGCAGUGGGAAGCUGCGGCUGAAAUCCGUCAUCUUCAAGCUUUCUCGCGGUUCCUGCUCCCAGCCGUUGUAUGCAAACCUGCAAGUGGCAGCGCUUCACGGCCCAGUUAUCAUCUUCAUCGCGAGUCAAUAGUCGUGCAGUGCCAUUAUUUUACGAUAUCAGGAAAACCUCAUCAUGUUCCCUUAUCGUCUAUCACUCCCGCAGAUCUGAAGAUUCUCAAGGAUCGCUUUACCAGGGCGAUACAACACGCAUCUCGGAUGAACCCAGGGGAGUCGAGGAUGGAUCUAAUAGUACUCUCGCGGAUAAUAUGGAACGAGAUCAUGCUACCCAUCGUCAACGUACUCAAGCAUGUCCUCAAACUAAAGCGCCGCUCUCGAAUCUGGCUGUGUCCAACUGCAGCUUUCACGUCCAUUCCUCUCCAUGCAGCUAAGCCCUUCAAACAAAGGCAGAUCGCUCUGGGAAGAGCAUGA